AUUUAAUAUGAAUACCGUAUUAUAUCAAUCAAUGUGUAUGUUACAGACCAUUUAAUAUAAUUAUUAUUAUUAUAUUUAAAUGAUACGUCUAAACGCGCGCGUUAACAUCAUUUUAAUGUACUUAGGAACAGUCGUGUAGUUACGCGUAUUAUCAAUUACUACUUUUGUUUUAUCUAUGCAAUAUUUUUGUUUAUAUCUUAUUAGCGACACUAGCGAAUCUAUCGACAAUAACGGUAUAAGAGAAGCCUUUAUUGUUUUUCUAUCAACUUGGCUUUACUGGACGGAAUCUUCGCAAGCAAACAGAAAAUGAUAAUAGCAUCGAGGUGAUGAGUUGUCAAGUUAAAAGAAAUAUCUUCAAUUUUGGAUUAUUAGUACGAAUUAUUGUAUAAUAAGACUACAUUAGAUUCCAAUUGUAAGAUUUAUCAUAUAUUAGAAGUCUUAUUAGAAUUUAAUAUGUAACGAAAUAUCCAUAGAUAGAUAUUUGUCACGAUAUAAUUUAGGUUAUAAUGCUACGUAUAAAGAAAAAAUAUUUGAUCAUCGCUAUAAAUUCGUAAUAAAAUAAAAUUAUAAAUAUUACUGCCUUACAUUUUUACCGCUAUUAUGGCUCGGUCCUCAAUUUCGGCACAAUGUGAUUCUGUCGCAUCAUACAUGGAUGGAGUUCAUGUUAAAAUUGUGGAAGCAUACAAGCCACCACGAAAAGUUGGUUUGCCCGCAGUUUAUAAUAAUAAAUUACCAGAUAUAUCGAAAUUAGUGUAUAAUUUCAGCUUAGAAAAAUCCGUCCUUGAAAAGAUGGCAGAAUGGCGUAAAGCCAGAGAGGCAAAUGUUAAGGCACGUAUAGCUCGGUUAGAAGAAAAAAAGAAAAGAGAAAAGGAAGAAUCUCCGCCGCCACCUCCACCUCUUCCAACAGAAACAGUAAAACAACCACCAGUAAAAGUUAUUCCACCACCAGAAACUACUAUACUUACUCCUCAACCCUUGUCUCCGCCAGCUAAUGAUUUGCAGAAUCAUGUACAAGCUAAUGGACUUGACUUUGCAGAUUUUGAUAAUGAUACAAGCAGUCCUUUUGAUAAUAUGGAAUUAAAAACUAUUAACGAUAUGGAAGAACUUGCACAGGUAUUGCAACCUACAUCACAAUGGAUACCAUCUGCCAAGUUGGAAAAUAUUAUAAACGAAUUAACUAUCGAAGAACAAUCUGCUGUUUGUGAGGAAGAAAAAGAAGAAAAUAUUAUAACACAAAGUGAAGAAAAUGCUGACAAAAACAUUAAUGUUAAGCAUCGCAGUGUGUCAACAAUUGUACAAGAACUUCAAAGGGAAUUGGAACGACCUUCAAUGGAGAAUUGGAAACCUUGGCCUGAUUUGGAAAGUCCAGAUGUUGAUGCGUACAGCAAACAUAAACAUGAACGUUCAUUAGUGUCGAAUAGUGUAAAUCAUACAAAUCCACUCUCGAAUUUAAAAGGAGAAGAUCAGAAAUUAGCUCAACAUUUAAGUGAUAUGGGAUUUUCGUUAUCACGAGCAGCACGUGCUAUAUGUGAUCUCGGUGGUGAAGACAAUAAAAAGGUUGUAGAAUAUCUUUUAGCUAUUCAGUCUUUAGAGGAGAUUGGUAUGUCUGGAGAAGAUGCAGAGAAAGCACUUGCAUUAACAGAUUAUGAUCCAAAUAAAGCAAGAAUAUAUUAUAAAAAUUUAUGCACAUUAAAGGACUUAGGAUUUCCAGAAGAUCAAGCAUCUAUGGCAUUAUUAAAAUGCGAUAUUGAUAGAGAUAGAGCAUUAGACUUUCUUAUUUCUUAAAUUGUAUUAGUUAGAUAUGGCUUAGUGAAAUAAUUCUGAUGUUGUGGAACUUCAACUCUUGUUAUCGUAGAUAAGCUUGUCUUGUUAAAUUUAAGAAAGUUCUGUUUAUUUUUCAUUUAUGUACAAACAUUUCUUUUUGAAGUUCAAUGAUAUGUAUUAUAUUGCAAUUAAGAAAAUAUGAGCAUUGAGACUGACAAAUA